AUGAAUAAAUCUAAUCAUUUAUAUUAUACAAAUGAUUCAAAUGAACUCCUACGCAGAGAUAGAGAUUUUCUGAUACAUCAAUAAAAAUUAGAAGAAAUAAAACGGUCAAAAAGUGCUAUUGGAUAUCAUAGAAGUAAAUCAAUUAAGUUACCAAAAUCUACAAAUAUUAAAGAUGAAAUGGUGUAAGCUGAAAUAUUCCAUUAAAAUUAAUUAUUGGCUACAAAUUUAAAGAGAAUACACGCACGUUCAUUUUAAAUCCCUCAAAAACUGUAGAACUUUUAAGUUUCAAUAAAAUCAUCACAGACAAAGGAGCAUACAUUCAAAAUAUUGGAUGAAAAUAUAAAUUUAUGCAAAAGGAUAUUAGACUAACAAAGUUAGAUUGAUUUUAAAUAGAAGUUAUAAGAAUACAAGCAACAUAAAAAAAUAAAAUUUAGACUCUAAAAAGUUAAAAGAUAAUUUGAAUAACAAGAAAAGUUAGCUGUCGAUUAGAGAUUUAAAUCAAAAUCGUUUAGUUAAGUAUAGAUGAAUAAGUUUUGA